ACAUGUUAUAUGACUGUAACUUAAAUUCGAAAAUGGCAGCAUUGAAGGAUGUUGUUUCUUUAUACAAAAAUUUAAAACAAGAGUGGACAGCAACUCCCUGUAAUUUAAAAAAAUGCGGUGAACUACUGAAUCAACUAAAGAUUGGCCUUACGCAUUUAAUGUUUCUUCCAACAUCUAACAGUACAGCAAGUCAAAAUGAAUUGCUUAUUGCUCGUGACAUUUUAGAAAUUGGUGCACAAUGGAGUAUAGUAACAGAAGAUAUACCUUCUUUUGAACGUUACAUGGCACAAUUAAAGUGUUACUAUUUUGAUUACAAGUCAGGAUUAAUGGAAUCUGUAUACAAAUAUCAUCUUCUCGGUUUAAAUCUCCUAUUUUUAUUGUCUCAGAAUCGGGUUGCCGAAUUUCAUACAGAAUUGGAAUUAUUGCCUUCGGAUCAAAUACAGUCUAAUGUUUACAUUAGACAUCCUUUAAGUUUAGAACAAUAUUUAAUGGAAGGUUCAUAUAACAAAAUAUUUCUAGCAAAAGGCAAUGUGCCAGCAGCAUCGUAUAAUUUCUUUAUAGAUAUCUUAUUAAAUACCGUACGUGAUGAAAUUGGAGCCUGUAUGGAAAGUGCAUACGACAAAAUUUCUAUUCAGGAUGCUUCAAGAAUGUUAAAUCUGAAUUCGGAAAAAGAUAUGAAAGCGUUUGCGACAAAGAAAAAUUGGACCUUAGCAAAAGAUGGCUAUUUUUACUUCAACACAACUAGUGAAAAGAAAACCGAAGAACCAAUUCCCAGUUCAGAUUUGGCUACAUUGGCAAUUGAUUAUGCGAGAGAACUUGAAAUGAUUGUUUAAAAAGAUAUGUACAUUUUUCUGUAUUUUAUAGACAAAUAAAGUUUGUCAUAAUUAAUAAGUAUUAAA